CUCACCUUCACCAAGUACACCUUGAUCGCGAAAGAACCCGUAUCCUCGACAGGGAGUAUCUUCACCCUCAAACCACCGAAACCGGAUCUAAACUCGACUGUCUACGAAGCAGCAUGGCAGAAUGGAGUGUGGAGUGUGAUGUUCAAGCAGCCGCAGCUGCAGAUCGGUAGAGAUUAUACCCCUCUACCGGUCACGUCGACGACGGACAACGAGGACGAGGAUGUGCUACGGUUCUUUAUCCGGAAAGAUGCCUUUGGCGAGAUGUCGCGGUACCUACAUGGCUUGGGUAUAGGCUCUCUGGUUGAGAUGCGGGGACCUAAGAUUGAAUACAAGAUCCCAAGGCAGACCCAGGAGAUCUUGUUCAUUGCUGGUGGGACAGGCAUUGCGCCGGCUCUACAGGCUGGUUAUACGCUUCUGCACCGGACGGACGAGACGCGUAAACCAAGAAUACAUAUACUAUGGGCAAACCGGAGACGAGAGGACUGUGCGGGCGGUGCAAACGAUACCUGCGCGAAGCCUCAAGGGGCUCGACGAUUCUGGUUCUUUGGCCCUAGGACAUCACCGGAAAGUCCUGCACCAGUCACGGGAGAUGCGGAUAGAGAUGCGACAGCUCAGUCGCUAGUGGUUCGAGAACUAGAAGCCCUCAAGUCGCAAUACCCAGGACAAGUGACUGUGGACUAUUUUGUCGACGAGGAGACGACGUUCAUCAAAAAGCAGGACAUCUUGGACUUCACUAAUUCUGCGCGCUCCAGUGGCUCUCGCUUCCCUAAAAAUAAGAUGAUCCUCGUCUCUGGACCUGAAGGUUUCAUUAACUAUAUGGCAGGACCGAAACUCUGGGCGCAAGGAACGGAAGUCCAGGGCCCUCUUCGAGGAAUUAUUAGUGAACUCGAUCUAAAAGGCUGGGCCACAUGGAAGCUGUGA